AUGGCCAAUGAAUAUGAAAAAUAUACCAGUACUUUCAAACAAAAAGUUCUUGAAGAAUAUCGUCCUGGAAUUUACGGGUCCGGUUUUAAAUCAUUAGCCAAACGUUUUAAAAUUAACGGUGGUCAUCAUCUGAUUAUGUGCUGGUAUCGACAAUGGGAUGGUACUGUUCAAUCCUUGAAUGCAAAGCCAAGAACUGGUCGACCACGUACGCUAACAAAUGAAGAAGUAGAACGUUAUGUAUUGAAUUUUGUCGAAACGAUGAAUAAUCAGCAUAAACCGGUUGAUUACAAAAUGGUACAAAAUCAUGUUGAAGUUUCACUGAAUCGAAAAGUAGCCCUAGCAACGAUCAAAAGAUACGGCAGAAUAGAAUGUGGAAUAACAAGCAGAACAACUCAUGAAAUAACAACUCGUGAUAUUGAUGAAAACCAUUGGAUUGAAAUUGGAAAAUUUCGAAAAUUUUUACAGCGGAUUAGCAAUGAUCGAUUAAUAUUUAUCGAUGAAAUAGCCAUUUAUGGUAUAAUGCCACCUCUUCGAACACUUGUUGCUCCUGGACAUCAAUCAUUUGUUAUUGUUGAUAAACCAUCAGCUUAUGCUGAACGUUUUGAUUUUAUUGGUGCAAUUAAUGGAUCAAAACCAAUAGCUUGUAUGACUUUAACACCUGUGGAUCGUAAAGCUAAAGAUAUUCAAGGUGUAAGAAAAGAAGUAAUACAUGAAUGGAUUAUUAAAUCUUUGGCACCAGCCAUUAAUCGAUUGAAUAUUGAUUGUGUGCAUUUGAUAUGUGAUAGAAGUCGAGCACAUAAUCGGGCAGAGAUGAUGCAAGCAUUUAUUAUCGGUAAAUGUAAAUCAAUUAUAAAUGUCCAUUAUAUGCCAACGGCAUCCGCAAAAUACAUAUCUCCAUUGGAUAAUCCAAUUUGGCAUUCAUUUAGAGAAACUGUCCGAAAACAGCAUCCAUUGACAAUAACCAAUCUUCCAUCGAUACUUUCUCGAACUUUUUAUUCAUUGUCGAGAGACCAAAUUAUGAAUGCCUAUAGAAAGUGUGCUAUUACCUAUGGAACCGAUGUAUUUUACGACCAACCUUUCACGUAA